AUGCCGUCAGCGCUCCGCAACGGGGCAGGAUGUGAGGAAUGGGAGUGGAGGCCUGCGGUGGUGCUGGCAGCCAUCGACUGCGCUGACGAGGCCAACCAGCAGGUGUGCAACGAUUUUGGGAUAACCGGCUUCCCCACGCUGAAGUUCUUCCGAGCUUUUAGCAAGAAGGCAGAGGAUGGGAUAAGGAUUACCAAUCCCAGCGCCACCGUCGAGGACCUGCGUCAUGCCAUCAUCACCAACCUGGAGCAAAGCCAGGAUGCCUGGCCACCCUCCUGUCCUCCACUGGAGCCGGCGAGCACAGAGGAGGUUCGCAGCUUCUUCCAGAGGAACAAGGACCAGUACCUGGCACUGAUCUUCGAGAAGAGCGACUCCUUUGUUGGCAGAGAGGUGGCACUGGACAUGCUGCAGUAUGAGAACGUGGCAGUGAGGAGGGCGCUGAGCAGCGAGAAGGAGCUCGUGGAGAAGUUUGGCGUCACCACCUUCCCCUCUGGCUACCUGCUCUUCCGCAACGGCUCCUUCUCCCGCCUGCCUGUGCACGUGGAGGCGCGCUCCUUCUAUACCUACUACCUGCGCACGCUCUCAGGUGUCACCCGUGGUUCCUACAAGCUGAACACAACGGCUGGUGCUGCCAAUGAGACCAACACACCCCAACCGAAGCGUGCCGACCGCUCCAAGGUGUACAUGGCUGACCUGGAGUCUGCGCUGCACUACUCGCUGCGGGUGGAGGCUGCCCGUGCCUCCGCGCUGUCGGGAGCCCAGCUGGCUGCCUUCAAGUGCUACGUGGCCACGCUUGUGAAGUACUUCCCCGGGCGCUCUUGCGUGCAGACCUACCUGCAGUCCCUGGACACCUGGCUGAGGAACUGGACGGAGCCUGAGCUGCCCCGCAGCACCUUGAAGGAGGCCAUGAAGAAUAACAAAGAUGCCUCCCACCCUGCUGUGCUCCCCACUAACGUGACCUGGGUGGGCUGCCAGGGCAGCGAACCCCACUUCCGUGGCUACCCCUGUGGGCUCUGGACCGUCUUCCACCUGCUGACUGUCCAGGCUGCCCAGAACGGUCCUGACAAAGAGCUGCCCCUGGAGGUGCUGAACACCAUGCGCUGCUACGUCCGGCACUUCUUCGGCUGCCAGGAGUGUGCCCAGCACUUUGAGGCCAUGGCGGCCGAGUCCAUGGACCGGGUGGCGAGCCGAGAGGAGGCCGUCCUCUGGCUCUGGUCCCACCACAACGAGGUCAACGCUCGCCUGGCAGGAGGUGACACGGAGGACCCCAACUUCCCCAAGCUGCAGUGGCCACCACCAGACAUGUGUCCCCAGUGCCACAAGGAGGAGCGGGGGGUGCACGCCUGGGACGAGCAGGCUGUGUUCACCUUCCUCAAGGCCCACUUCUCCCCCACCAACAUCUACCUCGACUAUACCGAGGCUGAGCCCAUCCCCAUGGCUGGGGAGGAGACGGGCACCAGGCCGGGUACCGAGAGCCUGCGAGAGGAGAGGGAGAAGGAAGAGAAGGAAAAGGAGACGGAGGAGGAGAUGAGAGCUCCAGGGCGACCAGGCUCCCCUGAGCCACGGCGCCCCAGCAUCGUGCGGCUGAACCCCAGGCUGCGGGAGGCUGGAGAGGACAUCGUGGACCUGGACUCCUUCAGCGAGCAGCACUUCAAGAGCCAGGCACUGCGAGCGGCGGCCAGCCGGCGCCGACGGCUCAGCAAGAGGGACACCAUCGCCCUGCCCCGGGAUGCUGGGGUGGGCCGGGAACGCCGGCGGGCUCCCGGUGUCCUGAUCCGGGAGGAGGAGGAGGAGGAGGAAGCCGGGGAGGGUGUGCGGAGGACCCCAUGGCUCCGGGUGCUUGGCUUGGGUUUCUCCCGCCUGGACAUCAGCCUCUGCGUUGCCCUCUACUUCCUCUCCUCCAUGUGCCUCCUGGGCAUGUACACCUUCUUCCGUCUCCGCACCCGCGCCCGGAAAGGCCGCCCCGGCUUCCCCGUGGCCUGAGAGGGGUUGUGGGGUAUUGGGGGGCUGCCCCCAGGGUGGGUGGGCUGCUGAGCCAAGGCACCCCUGGGGACAGCGUUUUGUCCCCCGGCGGGGAAGGGGUUUGGUGCAUCCCCUCUGGGAGCUGCCCUGCUCGCAGCAGUCGCCUCACCCAGGGUGGAGGGCUCUUUUUGGGGCGGAAGGAGGUGUCAGAGCAUCCCCCUCUUGAGUCAUGGUGCCAUAUUUUCGGGGUGCACAGGAGCUGGGACACCGACAGCGCUUUGUGUCUCGGCAUCCAGGUGCCCUCAGGAUCUCCCCACCACUGUGCUGGUUUCAGACUGGGAAGCCCUGUCCCGUGCUGGGGAGCAGGCCUUUGGGGGUCAAACCACUAAUGGGGCCAGGAGGGUGGAGGUGUAGCCCCAGAAAAAGCAGACACUGUCUGAGGGAGGGGUGGGGGGAUGGCAGUCAUGGGUUCAGCUGCAUUUUGUGUGUUCUCCCCCUCUUUGAGAAAUGGACCAGGGCCCCCCUGCCUUUCCUUCCUUCCCCCCCUUUCCCCUCACUGUUGCUCGCUCUCUGCUUGUCUUAGUGGAAUAAAUUAUUUUUGCCGAUGCCGGC